GUAUUGACAGAGGAGCAGAAGAUACAAGAGGGCAAGCGCAUGUUCUCGAUCUUUGCAGCACGCAUGUUUGAAGCACGUGUGUUGAGUGCGUAUCGCGAGAAGAUUGCCCGGGAGCGCCAAAUGCAACUUUUGCAAGAGCUGGAAGAGGAGGAGACAGCACGGAGUAAGAGGGAGGCCAAGAAAGCAAAGGAGAACCAGAAGAGGAAAGACAAGAAGAGGUAUGCCAUGAUCCUGAGCAUUUUCCAUACACUUGAUUAG